AUGACGGUGCCUCUUCCCUCCACUCCUCCGCCCCCUCGGGAUUUCCUCACCGAGUACUCACUAGGUCGUCACCUAGGCAAGGGCGCGUUCGGCGAGGUCUUAGAAUGCACGCAUAACGCGACGGGCCGCCAGUUCGCCUGCAAGAGAAUCGGCAAGCGAUUAAUCACCUCCGAGUCGGACGCCGCGGAAGUUCGAAAGGAGGUCGCGAUUCUGCAGCAGCUCACCGCCGCGGGCCCGAGCCGCCACGGCGGAAUCGUGCAGCUCGUCGAGGCGCUAGAAGACGGCGUUGCGGUGUACCUCGUUAUGGAAUUAUGCGAAGGCGGGGAUUUAUUCGAGCUGAUCAAAUCCGAUCACGCGGCGGGCAUGCCGGAGGACAUGGCGCGCGAGAUCUUCCACCAGGUGGCGCUGGCGGUGGCGUACUGCCAUACGCGCGGCGUUCUGCAUCGCGACAUCAAACCCGAAAACAUCCUCUUCACAGGCCCUAACCAGCCCGCACCCGCCGCAGAUUCCGGCGCGGAAUUCGGCGCAGAAUUCGGUGUAGAAUCCGUGGCCGCGGAAUGCUCGCAGAAAGAUUUUGGGGAUUCUUCCGCCGCCGAGUGGCGCUGGCGGGUGCGCGUGGCGGAUUUCGGGCUUGCGCUCUUCCUUCCACACGGGCACAUGGGGCACGGCAUGGCGGGGAGCCGCUUCUACACCGCGCCCGAGAUGGUCCGCGGGCGCAAAUACGGCAAGCGCGCGGACGUGUGGAGCAUGGGUGUGGUGCUCUGCGCCAUGCUCACGGGGCGCGUGCCUUUUGCGGGGAAGGACCGCGCGGACGCGGAGGGCCUGCGGAGGUCGAUUCUCCGCGGGGAGAUCAACUUUUCCGCGCCAGCGUGGGCGCCCGUGAGCGCGGGCGCGCGCGACCUCGUGCGGCGGAUGCUGGAGGUGGAUCCGCGCAGGCGGCUCAAGGCGGCGGAAGUGCUGCAGCACCCGUGGGUGCUCGGGCUCGAGCUGCCGGAUCUCACGGCGGCGGAUGUGGUUAUGUCGGCGGACCCUGCGGGAUCAGAGGAAAAGGUUGUUCCAGUGAAAGCGCAAGCGGAAUCAAAUCUCGCGGUAGCGGCAAAGGCGUCGUGUCCUGUGGAUUCGAAGGAAGCGGGAGAAGAGGAGAGAGAGAGGACGAUGAAUGCGAAGGAGAAGGAGUUUCAGCAGCAGACGGAGCAGCAAGCGGAGGGUAGCACCCAGAUGGUUUCUAGCAGUGCUGCUCCUCCGCCCGUCGCUCCCCCAGUCUUUUCUCCCCGAGCUACACCCACUGCCCCACGCGUCGCCUCCCCUAUCCGCUCCGCUGCUUUUCCCAUUCGCCCUGCGUCCCCUGAUCGCCCUGUUGGGUCUCCUAUUCCCAUUCGCCCCAUCGCUCAGCCGCCUCUUGGUUCCGCUAUAGAGCGAUUCAAUAAGGUCUGGCAGCAACAGCAUCCCCCACAGCAGCUCCCAACGUGCCACCCAACCACCCCGCCCCCUCAAGCACCACCGUGCACCGCUCUCAAAACCCCCUUUCCGCUUUGCGGAAACGCACCUCCCCUUGCCCCGCAACAACCGCCUAACCUGCCAGCUUCAAAUGUUUCUCACUCAGGCUGCCCGUCGUUCAACUCCCCCUGCCCGUCACAGUCCUCCGCGUUCCAGUCCACCCCACCCUCCUCCGCGUCUCGCUCCUCCCCUUCCCGCUCCUCCCCACCUCCUCUCUCCUCCUCUCUCUCUCCAUCUCUCUCCAACUCCACUGCCACCUCGGCAUCGACCUUCACUCAAAUGGAUGCAGCAGACAUGGAUGAAUUCGGCAUGGCGGAUGGGGCUGGUGGCUUUGAUGUCAUGGCUGCGGAUGGUAUGGCAGGGGACGCGUCUCUUUCCAUUCCGCUGAGCCUCUGCCUGCCGCCCAUUUCUGUGUGCCGGAAAAAGAGUCACAGGGAGGAGUAUGAGGAAGCUUUUGUUCCCGGCUCGCCCUGGUUCUCGCCUCGCCCUCUCCCUCUCACCGCCGGACAGUUGUCCCACAAGCAGCAGCAGCAACAGCAGCAGGAGAGCGUGAGGAAGGAGUAUGAGGAAGCUUCCUUGGCUUUCUCACCCUGGUUCUCCCCUCGGCCUCUCCCGCUUGUCGCCGCCCCUUUUUCACAUGAGAAGCAGCAGCACAAGCACCGUUACCAUCAGCAACAACAGCAGCAGCAGCAGGUGCAUUGCCCUGUGGGAUCAUCCCUGUCGGGGGAUGAGUUCAGCAACAACAGCAGCAUGUGCGGAGCCUCCUCGGCUCUCUCCUUCCAAGCAGCUUCCCGCUGCUUCAUGGCCUUCAACCCCUGGGGAUCUCUGCGAAUCCACACCGAGAAACGCUUGAUUGGCUACUCGCCAGAGCAGGUGUUUGACGUGGUGGCCGGGGUGGAGCGCUAUGCCGACUUCCUGCCGUGGUGUGUGGGGUCUCACGUCUUGUGGCGGGCACCCGAUGGCAUGGAGGCGGAGCUGGAGAUUGGGUUCCACAUGCUGAGAGAGAAGUACCUCUCACGAGUCACCUACAAGCGCCCUCUCUUUGUGACUCAUGGGGGCGGAGAUGGAGAUUGGGUUUCACAUGCUGAGGGAGAAGUACCUCUCGCGAGUCACCUACAAGCAGCCGCUGUUUGUGACGGUGAGUGCUACACGGGCUUCCUGCCUUGGUGUGUGGGCUCCCACGUGCUGUGGUGGGCACCUGACGGCAUGGGGGCGGAGCUGGAGAUCGGGUUCUACAUGCUGCGAGAGAAGUACCUCUCGCGGGUGACCUACAAGCGACCUUAUUUUAUGACGGCUCGUUCUGCCGACACGGGGCUCUUCCACCAUCUGGACAACCAUUGGGAGUUCUCCCCUGGCCGCCUCCCCGGCUCCUGCCUGCUCAUAGCCUUUCUGAAUGCCCCUCUCCCCAAUCUCGCAGGCUCGUUCCGCGGACACGGGUCUGUUCCACCAUCUGGACAACCACUGGGAGUUCGCCCCUGGUCGCCUCCCCGGCUCCUGCCUGCUCUCCUUCUCCGUUGA